GAUGGGUCGGCCCCUUUUCCUCUUUCUGCUGCCAACCGCGCGCUUGGCGCUAGGUACAAAUGGAGAAAUUGGAAGUUCUCGCAAAAGGCGGCUUGCAUUUCGCCGCUUGUGGCUGUGCAUUGUGAAAAAACACGCCACAGGCGGCGCGGCCUCUUGCAGGGGAAACCGGCUGGGACGUUGCUGUUGGAAAGCUCACUUUCGUGCCACUAAGCUGAGGCGUCGCGCAUGUUUUAGAGAGAGGAGGAGGAGAGAAACAGGCCUUUUGGUCAUGGAGGCAGUUCAUCUAGAUGAACAACCUCCCUUGAAUGCUGAAAACUCAUUUAAAAAAUACGACAGCAACAAGAAAGGAGCAAUUACAGAUAUUGAAAAGCUUUAUCAAGCAGUACCUCAGCUUGCAAAUAUGUUCAAAAUCAAAGGGAAAAUUGGUGAAGGAACAUUUAGUUCUGUUUAUUUGGCAAUAGGCCAGCUACGAGGAGGCCAUGAAGAAAAAGUGGCUUUGAAACACUUGAUUCCUACUAGUCAUCCUGUACGAAUUGCUGCUGAACUUCAGUGUCUUAUAAUAGCAGGGGGACAAGAUAAUGUCAUGGGAGUUAAGUACUGUUUUAGAAAAAAUGAUCACGUGGUAAUCGUUAUGCCUUAUCUGGAACAUGAAUCAUUUUUGGAUAUCUUGAAUUCUCUCUCAUUUGAAGAAGUAAGAAAUUACAUGUUUAACCUCUUGAAAGCUUUGAAGCGCAUUCAUCACUUUGGUAUCGUUCAUCGUGAUGUCAAGCCGAGUAAUUUCCUGUACAACAGGCAAUUGCGACAGUAUGCUCUGGUUGACUUUGGCUUGGCACAAGGAACUUCUGAGACAAAAGUGGAACUUCUCAAAGUUAUUCAGUCUGAAACUCAGCAAAGAAGUUGUACAUACAAUAAGCCUCCAAUAACUCUGGGAAGCCAAGUUACUUCCCCAACAACUAGGCAGCUACUUCAUCAGUCUGCUACAAAAACAGCUAAUAAAAGGCUUUGUUCCAUUUCACAGACACAGAUUAAACAAGGACACAAACGAAAGGAGGAUCCAGAGUGUCAUUCUGUUCAGCGCUCGGUUUUUGGGGAGAGAAAUUUCAAUGUCCGAAGCUCAGCAUUUCAAGUCCGUUCUACAGUUAAACAGCCCAGGAUAAUGGAUACUUCAGUUAGGAAACUGUCGGUGAAGAAGAAGACAACUUCAGUUGUGAAUAAUGGUUUAGGCAAGAAAGCUGCCAGCAGUACUCCAGCUAAGUUGACCUGUGACUGUUAUGCAAAAGACAGCGUCUGCAACAUUUGUCUUUCAAGACGUCAGCAGGUUGCCCCAAGGGCUGGAACGCCUGGAUUUAGAGCACCAGAAGUAUUAACUAAGUGUCCUAAUCAAACUACAGCAAUUGACAUAUGGUCUGCAGGAAUCAUAUUUCUUUCUCUGCUGAGUGGCCGGUAUCCAUUUUACAAAGCUAGUGAUGAUUUAACAGCUUUGGCACAGAUCAUGACUAUUCGUGGCUCCAGAGAAACUAUUCAAGCUGCUAAAACAUUUGGUAAAUCAAUACUGUGUAGCAAAGAAAUCCCAGCACAGGAUUUAAGGAAGCUCUGUGAAAGGCUGAGAGGAAAACAUACCAGCUUUGACAACUCAGCAGGUGACAUAAAAAUCAACUCUUCUCACGAAUUUGCUUUACCAGCUGGAAUAGGCAAUGUUUCAGAUUCUGCCCUUCAAACAUCCAAAAAGCACAUGCAAUAUCAGAAACAAAGUGGUCAUGAAGAUGAUGGUAAACAAAAGAAAACUAUACAAACGCCAUCUGAUCUCAAAGGAUGGGACAAAGUCCCUAAUAGUGCCUAUGAUCUGCUUGAUAAACUGCUGGAUUUAAAUCCUGCUACAAGAAUUACUGCAAAGGAUGCUUUGCUGCAUCCUUUUUUCAAAACUAUGAAGCAAUAAAAAGGCUUUUAACACUGUAUUGUGUGCGUGUUAAGUAGCAUUAGAGUAUUGGUCACUCUUUAAAUGAAACCAAAACUCUGAGGGGCUUUCUCUCCAGAGCAGUGUUAGUCUAGGUGUAGUUAAAGUAGUAAAUGUACCUCUGUCUGUUGGACAGGUUUUUAAAAAUAAUUUCCAAGUGCAUUUGAUUCUUUCACCACUUUGCAGUGUAUUCAAUAACGGCAACGUACAGUCUCUAUAAUGGGACUAAUAUCUGGGCAGGAUUCUUUUCUGCUGUGUUCUUGAGUUUUAGCAAUCCUGUUGUAUCUUGCAACUUCCUAAUAUUUGGUAUAAAUUGUGCCUUAAAUGGUUGGGCAGAUACUAAAUGAAUUAUUAUGGUAGGCACUGGAUUAAAUCUAUGUCUUUAGUUUCACAGAUGUAGGAAAUUGAUUAUUGUGAUUUGUAACUUGUGCUACUUGUUGACAAAUGCUUUAUGUUGUUUCUUUUUAGAAGAAAAUGAGAAUUCAUUUUAGAUAUAAUGCAAAAUACCUGUAAAAGUAAUUCCUUGACAGGAUUGUUGGUGGGGAAUCCUGAGAGUUCGAUCUUAGUACAGUAGAGGAUGUAUAUUGGUGAAAGCUAACUUAGGGUAUUGCUCA